AUGAGUUUACCCCCCAAUCCCAAGCCUUUUCUCAACUGACUGACAGGGACAGUGAUGGUAAAACUUAGGUGGGGACUGGAAUACGAGGGCUACCUGGUCUCUGUAGAUGGCUGCAUUAACAUGCAGCUUGCAAAUACAGAAGAUGGGGCAUUGUCUGGGAAUCUGGGUGAAGUUCAAAUAAGGUAUAAUAAUGUCCUUCAUAUCAGAGGUGUUGAAGAGGAGGCAGAAGAUGGGGAAAUGAGAAAACAGCAUCUCUGGGGAAACUGUUAUAUAUAUGUAUUCAUAUACAAUAAAGAUCUGGUUUUUUUUGUUUGUUUGUUUGUUUUUUUCUUUCGAAAAAAAAAAAAACUUUGA